GAAGCCAUCGCGCCCGGGUCUCCCCGCGGGCGUGGGAAAGGAAAGGACGCGGGCCUUCGAGCUCGGGCUGCCGGGGGCGCGCGGCCACCCACCCGCUGCUUCCCGGGCUCGGGCUGCGUUCGCAGCGGGCCUCCCUGAAACACCGCGCGGCCGACCCGCCCGUGAUGCCAGCCCUCCUCCGAGGAUCCCGGGCCCCCGCGCCCGCCAAGUGCGCUCUCGGCCUCACGCUCCCAAGGAACUGACCGGACGGACCUCGCCACCGCAUACUGUUCCUUUAGAGAAGCCGCCACUCCACAUCCCACAAAGUGGGAUUAGGGGUAUAGUCGUAUAUUAGGGAGGAGAAACCCAGUCGGUGUCCACCCGGAUAGUUACGAGAAAGCCUGGGUUUUAAGAAACGAGUGAUUAAAAGGUGACGUGAAGAGAAUUCGCACUCAAGAGGUUGGGGGUUCUUUUCAGACGCUUCCCCUUAAGUACUGUGUGGACGGCAAGGGGGUCGCUCAGCUCUAAAGCAAAGCAGGCACGAGAGCUCGUAAAGGCCGCGUAAAGUAGCGAGAGCCCGUGAAGAGGGCCUGGGAGGCGUCCGUGUCCGAGCACACAGCCCUACGCUUAAAGCCUCCGGCCGUUGGAGAGGCCAGCGGGACGGACUUACACUCGGAACGGGGUUUCCGCGAGCUCGGUUUUCCCGCCGGAGUCGGCCCGGCGGCAGCCUCCCGGUCUGCGCAGGCGCAGUUUCUCCUCUGGAGGCAUGGAAGUGGCGGCGCCGCUUCUGUGUCUGGCGGCGACUGUCCUGGUAUGGGGCGUCCUCUGGGUUUGGGGCUCCUGGGAGCGAGUGACGAGGCCGGAGCAGGCUGGCCUGCCCGGAGGCGGAAGCCGGACACUUCUGGUGACGGCGCACCCCGACGAUGAAGCCAUGUUCUUUGCUCCCACUAUUCUAGGCUUGGCCCGCCUGCGGCAUCAGGUGUUCCUGCUCUGCUUCUCCGCAGGAAAUUACUACAAUCAAGGGGAGAUCCGUAAGAAGGAACUCUUGCAGAGCUGUGAUGUUCUGGGGAUUCCCCCCUCCAACGUAAUGAUUAUUGAAAACAGGGAUUUCCCAGAUGACCCAGAUGUGCGCUGGGACCCAGAGCGGGCAGCUAAUGUCCUCCUCCGGCACGUAGAGGCCAACGGCAUCAACCUGGUGGUGACCUUUGAUGAGGGGGGCGUGAGUGGACACAGCAACCACGUGGCUCUGAAUGCAGCUGUGAGGACCCUGCAUGCAGAAGGGAAAUUGCCUAAAGGAUGCUCGGUGCUCAUGCUCCAGUCUGUGAACCUGCUGCGCAAAUACCUCUGUCUGCUGGACCUACCCUGCUCCCUGCUGCUCGCCCGAGACGCCCUCUUCGUGCUCACCCAACGUGAGGCAGCCCAAGCCCAGACAGCACUGCUCAAGGCCUUGAGAACACGCUCACUGGACUCAAAUUCAUCUACAAAGGACCAGGAAAGGACACAUGCCGAACAUCACGGGCUAACAUCCCUAAUGGAGACACAGACAGGAGACCCAGCAGAGGAUGUGCACAGAUAGUUCAGAAAAACCGGAGAACAAGUCUCUCUUUAACCUUCAACAUGAUAUCUACGCUCACAAACUGCAGUGAGGUAUGCUUUUCAUUGUUCCAGGCAAAAAUCACCAACUGAGCUUACUUGGAACUGCAUGUGUAGAGAAAUGUGCACUCCUGCAUGUAUCGCAGGAAUACAAAUCCACAACACUGGAUAACACCUGCCAACAUUGCAAAAUGCACAUUUUCUCUAACCUAGCAAUGCCACUUCUAAGAAUGUAUCCUGCCAUUAAAACUCUGUAUUUCAUCCAAGUACAUGGAUAUAGGUGUUAACGCACCAUCUGUAAAGGCGAAACCUUAUAAAAAAUGGAAACUGUGAAAUUAUAGGUCUUUUAUUUGAGGAAUUACAUAAUGUACACUUGAAUUGAUAGAAGCGUCUGUUAUUGAUAAUUUGUGUGGCAGUUUUUAUUGUUGAUUUUUUAAAUAAAGUUGAUAUUUUAAAGUAAAAAAAAAAAAAAAUGGAAACUGUCCCACAGAAGAUUAGUUAAAGGAAUCAAAUACAGACAUAAGAAUGGAAUCUCUUCGAGUUUUGAAAAGAAUGAGGCAAUUCCACUUAGAAAUACCAACAGGCAGACAAUCUCCAAGGUUACAGAGGGAACUGAAAAGGCGAGGUUUGAAACAAUUUGUGCAGUACACUAUACCAUUCCUAUUUUUAAAAAGCACACACCCUGGCACGCACUUUCAAAGAAAGAACUGAGAAAGCAGUAGUUUAUCUCUGGAGACACUGGGUGACUGAAGGGUCAGAGGUUUCCACAUGUCUUCCCCGACCAUCACCAUGGAGAGGAUGCCUCAGAGCCACAUAACGAAGUGGCUCCCUGAGGGGUCUCUUCUCAAACCACACCCCCCUCGCCCCCCGCCGACCUCUCCUCCACACACAGGCAGCAGAGAACAGUCACAUGGUCCCCAACCACGCAGGAUUAUCUGAUCAAACACUCCCCCUCAAGAAACUCACAGCCUCAUGGCGUCCUGGGUCUCAUCAGCAUGAGGGCCUGGUGCUGACACGCAGACUCCACCCCACCCUGUUCAUGCAUCCACCCACCAGCCUGACCCACUCCCGAAAUUUCUGCUAAACACAUGGCCCAUCUUAGUUGUAAUGCCCUGUACGUUCAACCUCCCUGCUCACUUCUGUCUCCCUGUUCACUUCUGUCUCCAUGCCCUGUCAGAAAUUACCACCAUGACGACCGACCCAUGGUCAAUUCUCCCGACCUCAGGGGUCACACCCUCUGAGCCUGACCAGUCCUUCCAUUCUGAGGAUGCUCAUUUCCAGGCUGCCCACUGAUCUGCCUCCACCCUCUGGGCACGAAGGCCAACCUGCAGCUCCUUGGACAUGCAGAGUGUGCACCCCCAACACGCCUCAUCUCUAGGGGCCUGCCCGAGCCCACCAAGACUCGCUACCAGCCAGCCUCUGCCACGCUGCCCUGCUCAACUCUCCACACGGCAUUUCCAGGCCUCUUAUUUCUCUGUCUCCCCUUCGUAAAACAUAAGCUCUGAGGGGACAAGGGCCUUGUCUGCCACAUAAACUGCUGGGUUUCAGUGUGACAGAGCCUGGCACACAGGAGGUGCCCAUAAACACUGCUGAAUCAAAGAAUGAGUUCUGUACUUAAUUUUAAAGAACAAACAGAAAAUUGCUCCUUCAACAGGCUGGGUCAGAGAAGAGAACAGCGCAGUAAACACCAGGGCAACAACUGAUGAGCGGGCCCAUGGCGGGUACAAAGUGGGUAACUGUCAACUCUGAAACCGAGGGCUCCUGGCCGCCCAUGUGUCUUCGGGGACCACCUGUCUCAGGGGGUCGGGCCACAGUCUCUAGCUGGCACCCAGGGGAGGGGGUCUCGUGGGAAAGACAAGGGCAGGCCUGCUGCCCACUGGCACCCUCCUCCCCACACAAGACACCCACGGGAAAGAUCCAGGGCAGACAAAGAAAAGCAGACAAACUGACCCAAGGUGCCUGGGAUUAAAUCUCAGCUUCUCCUUCCAGACGCUCACUGAGUGGCCACUCAGUUCCAAGGCCCCGGGGCCAGGAGCACAGACAUGAAUAGAGGUGCUUCCAGGAGCCCCUCCUGACCCAGAGAAGGAGACCCUCGCACAGCUUACAACCCCAAAGCAAAGACACUGAUCAGACCACAGCAGGCAAUGGGACCCGAGGACCAAUCACAGCCCCAUCCCACCCCAUGAGCAGAGAGUGCCAAAGCUUCUGUACUCUUUGACCAGAGAUUUUACUUCCAAGAGAACUGAUCCAAAGAAACAAUUUCUAAAUUAUUAAAGACUUACACACAGGGAGGUUCAAGACAGCACUGCACUCAACCUAGACGUUUAAGUGUAGAAAAUCACUUGUGGUACAUUCAUAUAACAAAAACCACUACAAAUACAGCCAUAAUUGUAUAAGUAGGAAGUGGCUGUGGCUGGGAGGGGGUGGACGAGAGGCCAGGGGCCGAGGGACAAUGGUAGGAAGGCCUUUCACUCUGUACCUUGCAAAGCUGGAUCAAGCACAAAAAAUUCCCCCAAAGAAUAAAGUAAAAAAUCUUUUCAAUUAUUUAUUUUUCAUUAGGAAAUGGUAAGAGUCAGUUAUGAAACAGAAAAAGAGGUAAGAUUCUGUGCUGAGAAAAAUGCAUACAUUUAGACGUAUUCAUCCAUGUCCAAAAUAACACACAAGGACACACACCAAAACACAAUAAUGGUUACCUUUGAUUGACAGGAUCUGGGUGAUCUUAAAUUUAAAUUUAUUUUCUGAUCCUCCAUGUUUGUACAUAAUGGAUCAAAUAUGUAUCCAAAAUAUAAAGGAGAAAAACAACAACCUUUUAAAGAGAAGCAUGAAACCUGGGUGACAGGGAAAGUAAAAGCCCCCGAGAGGCCCAGGAGGCCCUCGGCCCCCUGUAAGCCAGG